AUGCCUUUCCUUGGACAGGACUGGAGGUCGCCUGGCCAAUGUUGGGUUAAAACCGAGGAUGGAUGGAAAAGAUUUGAGUUUUUUUCAUGUCAUUCAUUGUCAGACAGAAUCAGCACGGCAAACUUCUGCAAAGCUGAACACGAGUGUUUCAACAAGGAGAACUUGCUGCUUUCUCUCGGUUACGACAUGGCUGCCAAGAAGAGGAAAAAAGACCUCAUGAACAACAACACCAAGGUUCCAUAUUUCCACAGGGAAAAGUGGAUUUAUGUUCAUAAAGGAAGCACCAAGGAGCGCCAUGGAUAUUGUACUUUGGGGGAAGCCUUCAACCGCUUGGAUUUCUGCAGCGCCAUCAAGGACACAAGGAGGUUCAAUUACGUCGUCAGACUGCUGGAGCUUAUCGCCAAAUCGCAACUCCCUUCACUCAGCGGCGUUGCUCAAAAGAACUACAUGAAUAUUCUGGAGAGAGUGGUGCAAAAAGUGCUGGACGACCAGCAGAACGUGCGUCCCAUCAAGGAGCUUCUCCAGACUCUUUAUCUAUCGCUGUGUAGUCUGGUUCAGGACAUGGGAAAGUCUGUGCUGGUGGGGAACAUCAACAUGUGGGUGCACCGAAUGGACAACAUCCUGCAGUGGCAGCAGCAGCUAAACAACAUCCAGAUCAACAGGCCAACAUCAACAGGCAUGACACUGAUGGAGCUGCCUGCCAGUCUGCAGCUGAACAUCAUGCAGCGUCUGUCAGAUGGCAGGGACUUGGUCUGCCUGGGCCAAGUCUGCCCAGAACUAGGGGGGCUUGCUGAGGACCGUCUGCUCUGGAAAAGACUCUGCCAGUACCACUUCACAGACAGACAGAUCCGAAAGCGUCUGAUGGUGUCAGAUAAAGGUCAUCUAGAAUGGAAGAAGAUGUACUUUAAGCUGAGCCGCUGUUAUCCUCGCCGAGAACAGUACAGUGACACUCUGCACUUCUGCUCACACUGUCACAUCCUUUUCUGGAAGGACACAAAUCAUCCGUGUACUGCCAAUAACCCAGAAAGCUGCACCAUGGCGCUCUCCCCUCAAGACUUCAUCAACCUUUUUAAAUACUGA